AAUAGAUAUAGAAAGGGGGUAGAAAUAAGGGGCGACUGCAUGAACAAUAAUGCAGGCGCAACUACUGGUGGGAUUCGCUCCUACACCGAGCGGCAACCUCUCGAGUCCGUCACUGUGGGGUCCCGGGUUCUUCGACGGCAAUCGUGGCCGUCGAUCUCAUCGUACCCAGUGGACUGUGGCAUCAUCUUCAUCAUCGGCAGAGAUCAAUAGCGGGCAUGACCACUACGCUGUACUGGGACUCGCACGCAGCGCCACCGCCGCCGAUAUCAAAAGGGCUUAUAGACUUCUGGCUCGCAAGUAUCAUCCUGACGUUAGCAAGCAUUCACAAGCUGGUGAGGUAUUCAAGAGCAUCCAUUGUGCAUAUGAGGUACUAUCUAAUGAAGCAUCUAGGGCACAGUAUGAUAGAGCGCUAGAAUUUCAAGAGGAUACUGGCAGGUCAUAUAGGGGAAAAAGAUACCACAGUGAUUUUGAAGAUGAAGUCAGGGCGUAUAGGUGGGCAGAAUUCAGGUGGAAAAUGCAACAUGAGAGAUAUUGGGACCAUCAUAAUGUUAAUGAGAAAAAUUCUUCCUUUACAAAUGAGAAUGAAAGUGAAGCUGAAGAAGGGGACCUUGAUCAAGAAAGAGGCCCCUUCAGCGAAGUACUUAGAUCCAUCUUUAUAUCUCUGCUUUUGCUGCAGACCUUUGGAGCUCUAUUAUCACUCACCUUUAGCAGUUUGAUGGCUAUGCUGGACCGGAAGUUGGAUGCUGGAUAUAAGAUGGGGUACAUAAUUGCGUGGGUUUUGGGUGGUAGGGGAGGCAUUCUGCUUUCUCUGUGUCUUUCAUUUGCAAGUUGGGUUUGCGGGAAAAAAAGCAGUAGUGCAGUUGCUUUGGUAAUGGUGGCUGUGUGGUUUGGCUCCCAUCUUUCAAGGUAUACUCCACUUCCACAAGGUGCCCUACUUACGCUUUUGUACAUGUCUAUCAAGCUGCAAGUCGAUUUGAACUGAAGCUGUUACCGAUGAUCUGUUAGCUUCACAUCAGGACAAUUCUUCAUUGAAUCCACCAUGGAAAACCUCGUGCUAAUGGAAGAAGAGAAACAAGGGUGGCAAAACUACGAGUCACACUCUGUCUGAAAAGAGUGAUCACAAUCACUGAUACACUUCAGGAGUGGGACAACUAGUAAAGGAACAUAAAUGGACCAGCUCCACAUCCAAGCCAUGAACAAGCAAGCUAAUUAGCAUUCCAGCGCCUUGUCUGGCAGGCAUGAAUAGACGUCAUGUCUCCCAGCAUAGGAAUUGCAUUUUCAAUGACAGCACCCAUAACGGUUGUUGUAAUCGUUGGUCUACCAAUAACGUCCCGAGAACAAAAUAUUCAGUGUUUUCCUUUUCACUUUCAAGAUUUUGUUUUCUAUGUUUUGCCUACAGUUUUUGGCACAAUUUAUCCCAAAUGCCACACUUCA